CGGGACUGAAGGGGCCGGUCCGGGCUUCCCGAACACCGGGUCCCUCCUUUGCCAGCGCUUGCAAGUGGGACGGAGAGAGGCUUCAACAGCUCGGCACGGCCGCGAUUUAACCUACCGGAGCCUUUGCUGGUAGGCAAGUUUCUGCUGCCCCGCGAGUCCUGGCACCAGGAGGGAGCCGAGCCCGGGAGCAGGAAGUGGCCGCGCCGACAGGUGCCGGGAGGAGCGCAGUGUGUCCGCGUAGGGCAGCGCGGAGCAUGGACAAGCUGAACAAGCUGACAGUGCCGGCCGGGGAGCAGUUCAGGAAGCUUCAAAAGAUGGUGCAUGACAUCAAGAAGAAUGAAAGUGGGAUAAUAAACAAGUUCAAAAAGUUCCAAAAUGAACAAGUGGCCUUAAUUUGCAAAACUGGGAAAGAUACUUGGGAUCGGUUUAAAAAAAAAACUCCACCAAGUUUACCACGAAGGGAUUAUGCUUCAGAACAUGCAGACAAUGAAGAGGAACAAUGGUCAGAUGAUUUUGACAGUGAUUAUGAAAAUCCAGAUGACCACUCUGACUCUGAGAUGUAUGUGGUCCCCAGUGAAGAGAAUCCUGAUGACAGCUAUGAGCCACCUCCAAGUGAACAGGAGAUAAAGAAGAUUCCAUCCUCAUUCCCUAUUUCUAGGGGCGAAUAUGCAGACAAUCGCACCAAUCACCAGCAGCUUCAUUCCAUCAGCAAACCUCUCCCAUGUGUACCCAGUCCAGCCACAUCCAGGCCAAAGAAACCAUCCCUGCCUGUGCCAUCUGCUGCUGUGAAACCAAAAGUACCACCAAAGCCAAAGGAGUGUAGUGAUGAUGAGGAUAAUUACAUUGUGCCAGUAGACAAUGACGACGAUAACUAUAUCGAACCCACAGAAAGCAGCAUGUCACUACCUACAAGAUCUCCUGUGAACAGAUUUAUGAAGACAACCAAGUCAGCCCUCCCUAAUUCUCCAAAGCCUUCUCUAACUUCUGAUAUGCAAGAAGUCUAUGAGGUUCCUGAAGAAGAGGAAAAACCAUCACCACCACUGGUUGCCAGGUUCACAAAGCCACUUCCAUCUAUGCCUGCUCAGAACACAGAGCACUCCCACGUGCAAAGCAUGACUAGAGAGUCACCUAAGCUAGAUACUUCCAGAUAUAUUUUGCCUCUUCCCAGAAAUCGCCUUCAUCCAAAAACAGACCAUGAUGCAAGCAGUAAUAAUGAAAAUCACAGCUUCAACAACACACAAGGAACCAGAUUUUCUGCUGGAGUAGCUCCAUCUCCAUUACCAAGGGGCCUAAAGAAAACUUCUAAUGCAGUGAAUUCACCAAAACCAUGUUUACCUUCCAGAGAGACUUUAACUGCAAAUGAAGAAAAACCUACAGCAGCAGAACGGCGACGAAGUUCCAAUCAAGAGCUUCCACUUCCACCCCUUCCAAGUGAUGCCCAAAAGCCUUUUCUCCACAAGUCCUCAAUUCUGCCAAAAGUGCCUGAAGCUGCAAACUGUUCUCUGGGUACUUCCCCGCACAGCAGCAUUUCAUCUAGUUCAAGUACUGCAGACCAGGAUGCUGGUGUUCAUAGUAAAGCAUGGUAUGCUGCUAUCUGUGAUAGGAAAAUGGCAGAAGAUGCAUUGUACCGAUCAAACAAGGAUGGAUCGUUUUUAAUAAGAAAGAGUUCUGGACAGGAUUCGCGACAACCAUACACACUGGUUGUGUUUUACAACAGAAGAGUAUACAACAUUCCUAUACGAUUUAUAGAAUCUACAAAGCAAUAUGCACUGGGCAGAGAAAAAAGUGGUGAAGAGCGCUUUGACAGUGUUGCUGAAAUAGUAGAGAAUCACCAGCGUACCUCCCUGGUUCUAAUUGACAGCCAAAACAACACAAAAGACUCAACAAAACUGAAACACAUUGUAAGAGUUUCUUAAUCAAACCAAAUUGCUAAAACGAAGACUUUAAAAAUAAUUUUUCAAGAUUCCAAAGCAUGUGGAUCGGGUAUUAAAAAAAGAAAGUCUAAAAAGAUGCACUUUAAGAGCACCUAGCAAGAGAUGGUAUUCACUAUAUUCAACCUCACAUCACUUUUAUUGGAGGAGGACUCAUAUUUAACAAAAGCAACCAAAGCAGGUAUGGUUCAUCUGUAACUUCCAUCUAUAACAGCACCUGUGUUCAGUCACAUGAGGAACAACUGCAUACCACAUCCUGGUCCUUUGACUGCUAUUUGAAGAUAAAUUUCCUGCAAGACAUUUUCACGUUGAGAAUACCCACAGUGAUUUUUCUAUUUGUUAUGUUGACCACAGAUCACUGCUUCAGCCAUUUCUUUGUGAAGUGCACAGGCCCAGAAGUUAGUGCAACUCAACCUAAUGUACUACAGUGUACAAGCUGAAAACAGGACUAUACUUCAUGUGAUUAGUGGCAGUAAGACCGUCCGAAUGUUUUAGAUUACCAGAGGUGCUGUCCUGUUCCUCAGCUUUAUUCUGUUUCAGUAAUAUUUUUGUUUGUAUUUUCAAAUGUGCAAAUAAAAUUUAAAAUAUCAAGUCAACAGUGUAU